AUGGCCAAAACACCCAAGGGCAAGCCCAAGACUGCCACCAAAGGCCAGAGUGGUGGGGUGGCUUCAAAGAAGAAGAAGAAGAAAGCCCCUCUCAAUAAAUGUAAGCCAGAUGUCGAGGAAAGUGAAUGGGAAUUGGCCGCAUUCACAAAGAAAGCAGUUGCCUUCAAUAAGGCGGAGCGCGACAUGUCCGCGGUGCUCCAAGAGACUUACGGUGAACAAGUCCCUUCUAUCGGACAAUACGAAACGUUCUGCACUGCAGCACAGUUCGUAUCGAACGGGACCACCUCGGGAAGCUUCACACGUAUCGGAAGGCCCGCGAAGAAGUAG